AUGCCGACUGAGGAUAGCCAUGAUACUCAGCACCAUACCCUCGGCAGAGGUACUUUCCGAAGGAAACCUUCAGUAGAUGCCAAUCUCCAGGCAGAAGUAGAGCUUCUCCGCACCAGCGUUGCCAAGAUGUCCGAGAAAUAUGAACAUCUCCAUACCAAAAAUAUCGAGCUGAAGCGUAACUGGGAGAUGACUCAUCCUCAAGGCUCCCAACAUGACUUUACCCAGGAUGCUGAGCAUACCCAGCCAAACCAACCAGUGCACUCCCACCAUAGUGCCCCAGUCCAGUAUAGGCUUAGCAAGGGUAAAGGCCCCCUCCAUCCGGAGACAACCAAGUCAUGGCUCCUUCACAUCUCCCCACGGAAGGACCGUCUCCAUGAACUAGUCAAGAUCUAUAAAGAUUGCAGGGACCGUCUCUUGGACCGUCAGACAGACCUUAUCCCUAUUCCUGUUAAUCUCAAGGACCCAAGGGUAGCACACCUAGGCCCCCCACCGAAGGCAACCCACCUACCUGCUGGAGAAGGUGCAGGGGACUUGGAUAAUUGGGAGUCUUACCAUCUAGAUGACUGGGAAUCGUAUCAUACCGAGGUGUUCGAAGAAUGGGAACCUUACCAAGCCCCUGCCAACCCACACCCCAGGCCUUUAGUACCCGACACUCUCCCUCAUGCCGACCCGGCCAUGAGGCUUAUUUUUUAG